UAAAGGGUUAACCUAUAGGACACUCCCCUACCCUGCUUUUGGUUCACUUCCUAAUUUGUGAACUUUACUCUGCUAAUACCCAGUUCCAGUCAGAACUACUCCAGCUGAGAGGGAGUCUAUGGAUCAGUCCUCUGCAGAAAGACAGACCGUCACACAGGUAGUAUGUCCCAACGUGUGGCAGUGAUCGGGGCGGGUCCCUCAGGUCUGACCAGCAUCAAGAGCUGUCUGGAUGAGGGUCUGAAGCCCACCUGCUUCGAGAGCAGUGAUGACAUCGGGGGGCUGUGGAGGUUCAAGGAAACCCCUGAGCCGGGCCGCUCUAGUAUCUACCGCUCUCUGGUGGUGAACACCUCCAAGGAGAUGAUGUGUUUCAGUGACUUCCCUAUGCCAGCUGACUACCCCAACUACAUGCUGCACUCCCAGCUGCUGCAGUACUUCAGGCUUUACGCUCAACACUUUGACCUCCUCAGACACAUCACCUUCCAGACCAGCGUGCUGACUGUGAGACAGAGGCCAGACUUCAGUCGUUCAGGCCAGUGGGAGGUGGUGACAGAAAACAGGGAGGGACAGGAGCAGAGACACGUCUUUGACGGGGUACUGGUUUGUUCAGGACACUACACACAGCCUGUCUCACCGCUAGACCAGUUCCCAGGCCAUGAGUCAUUCCCUGGCCGCUGCCUACACAGCUGGGAGUAUAAGGAUGCUGAAGCGUUCCGGGGGAAGAGGGUGGUGGUAGUGGGGAUUGGGAACUCUGGAGGAGACAUCGCUGUGGAGAUCAGCCGGGCUGCAGAGAAGACCUUCCUGAGUACCCGUAAGGGGGCGUGGGUGUUAGCUCGUAUGUCCAGUAGCGGUCUCCCACUGGACAUGACGGCCAUCUCACGGUUCACGGUCCUGCUAACCUCCAUGCUGCCCAGAGCGCUGGUCAACUGGGCUGCAGAGAGAACACUUAAUCACCGAUAUGACCACCGUCUCUAUGGCCUACAGCCAACACACAGGCUGCUAGAGCAGAAGCCGCUGAUCAACGAUGACCUUCCAGGCCGUAUCCUGCAGGGGGCAGUAGUGCUGAAGCCAGACCUGAGAGGAUUCCAGGGGUCCGGACUGCUGUUCCAGGAUGGAACCAUGGAGGGGGACAUCGAUGCAGUGGUCUUCUGUACUGGAUACAAUGGCACCUUCUCCUUCCUUCCCCCGUCACUAUGUUCAGGACCUCAGGGGGAUCUCAACCUGUACAGACGGGUGUUCCCUCCAGCUCUCGAGCGCCCCACUCUGGCCAUCAUGGGUCUGUUCCAGACUAAAGGACCCAUCUUUCCUGCUGUGGAGAUGCAGGCCCGCUGGGUCACGAGGGUCAUCGCAGGGUUGACCCAGCUCCCACCACGGAAAACAAUGCUUUCCAAAAUUGAGACGGAGACGAAGAGGAACAUGAAGAGUUACCUGUGUCCCAGACAGGCAGCUCUCCAUGUGGAUUAUAUACCAUACCUGGACUCCCUGGCUGAGCAGGUGGGGGUUCGUCCCAACAUCCUAGGGCUGCUGCUGAGGGAGCCUAGUGUGGGGCUGCGUGUACUGCUGGGGCCCUGCACCCCUUACCAGUACCGCCUAAGAGGGCCGGGAAAGUGGGACGGGGCCCGACAGGCCAUCCUCACUCAGUGGGAGCGCGUAGCCCAGCCCUUCAGAACCAGGCUGGAGCCAGAACCCCCCAGGCCCUUGGUCCUUCUGUCCCCCUUGCUGAUCACGCUGUCCGUGGGAGCUGUGAUGCUAGCUGUGGUCCUCUCCCAGUGUAAACUGACCUUAUGUCUACAGGACCUACUACAGGACUCAACUCACCUGCUGGACUGGCUCUCAGCACUACUGUGAGGCUCGGAGUAGAAGCAUCCUAUAUAGCAACAGAUCUAGGAUCUACAUUAAUACUCUAUUGCCUCCACUAUCGACCAGGCUCUUUGUUUUCUUCUCGUCAAGACCAGUAUGUGGGGGAUCUUUUUUCAGGCAUUUCUUUUACGCCUGCUACGUAAGGUUAGGCUGUAUCUGACCUAACAGACUGCUUUUGUUGUCUUACAAAAACACUCAUUAGGUGUGCUUGCUGAAAGGAAGUCCUCUCUAAAACUCUUACUCUUAUUUGAUUUCUUUGGUUAGCUCUAACACUUAAACCGCUUAAGCUAUUAACAUGAAACCAACUUUAAAAUGUACAGACGGCCCGACUUAGCCUGCUUGAGAAAUUAUUUUUGAUAAAUAAAUAUGAUAAAUAUCUGCUCUGAA